AAUGAACCACCAACUUGUGAAUGCUUCAUUAUUAUGUAUUUUGCAGAUAAAUAAACCUGGGUGUCUUUUCGUUUGUCUAGACUCCACCUAUUCCUUCCGCACUGUCACGCAGACGCAAUUUACGCCACAGAGCGCAGAAGGGUUCGCACGCACACUCUCAGUCACAUCCUCACGCACGCAAACACACUCAUUCAGUGACUUGUCCUUUCGGCAAGCUUCUAUUUACAUUACACACUUCCCCAUACACAUAGCGUGCCUGGAUGAACUCUAUAAACGCAAGCUUCCAUUCCCCCUGGGCGCACUGCCAUUAAACAGUGGUUGCUCUUUAUUGGAUCAACACAACAAACAAUCAACAGAUAUAGGCUCCAACCUAUACCGUACCGUUUCUUUUAAUAAUCAUAAUACUAAUACUGAUUAUAUUUCAUUUUAUAAUUCUCAUAUGAUGUACUGUGGUAAUUGCAUCACUGCUAUUCAAUCCUUACUGAAUAAAACCUAAAGAUGAUCAUUACGAGCAGACAGAGCUCGAUAGUAAAUCCUGAUAGCCUGGACUUUGCGUGUCUCCCAGGAUUUAUCGCAGCGAGACAAAUAAGGUCGGGGUUUCGAGGAUUUUCUCGAAAAAAUCCCCUCAAAGCCCACUCGUAUCAGUUUUAUCACACACACAUCCUUGCUUUUCAGCUGUAACGUUAAACGCAGCUCAGCCCUCACGAACGCACACAGAGCAGUCGAGCUAAUCUGCAUUUUUACACACGAGUCACGAUCAGACGCCACGCAGAGUUCAUUGACCUGCACAGUCAUGCAGGCGAAGCACGAACACGACUAUAUCUAAGAACAAUCCUUAAAUAAACACAGUUCUGUAAAUGCGUGGGGUUAGGAAAAGAAUCCAUCUCAUGCGCUCUGAAUGACCGAGCAGUUCAAGAGCGUCCUCCUCAGCUGAGCUCUACGCUGUUUGCGUAAACCAUGCGUAGUCGUUAUGGUGACUACACAACGCUGGAGUUUCACUUUUAAAGCGUGCUUUUCACACGAUCUUACAAAAACGACUCGUAUUUAGCAGUUUCCGUUGCAGAUGGACAUAAUGGAGGAGAUCUCUUGUGAAACAGCUGAUGAAGAAGAAAUGGAGAUACGCAUCCCCUCGUACCCCCUACCCCAGGAAAUACAGCAAAUGGAUCAUACAGAGAAAGCCUGUCGCUACUGCGGUGUGAGUUACUUGAUUCUGCACGAGUUUCAACGUCUGCAGGAGCAUUUGCGGGAAGUUGAGAGAGAGCUGGAGCAGAUGAGAGGAAGUGCAGAAAGAGAAAGAACCCUGAGAAUAGAGCUCCAGGAAGCUCAUAGUCAUCUGGAGGAGCUGAAAGCAUCUGUGCUUCAACAUGAGCAAACCUUGAGGGCCCUUGACCUGCAGCUGUGCGUGGUCACGCGUGAGAUGGAGAGCAUGAGGGUGGAGAAAAAGACAGCCCUUUCAGAGCUGGAGAACGAGCGUGCUUGCCUCCUGCACCUCAGAUCCAAGUCUGUGCAGCAGCAGAGGCUUCUCAGGAAGACUCUGGCUCUGCUGCAGUUUUCUCGAGGGGAGAUGACGACUGUAAAGAACCAGUUAACUCACUUCCUGGAGACUUGGGACAACAGCAAAGCACUGAUACAGCAGAGUUGCAUCAGUGCUGACGCAGAAUGUGCUCAUCUGAAACAGGAAGUGGAUGGGCUUCAGGUGAACCUGAAGACGUUGGAGGUGGAGGUGCCAAAACUAAAGUCAUUCCUGGAACCAGCAAGAGAACAGAUUCUGCAAUUGAAGAACCAAGUCCAGACCCACAAACAACUACAAAACCAAUACCAAGAUGCCUGUUUGCUCAUAAAGGGCCUGGAAGAUGAGAUGAAUUCUUUGAAAUUGGAGCUCCAGAACAGCACACAUGAACAAGAGCAUGCGAAGAAACUCCUGGAGAUAAAGACUGUGGAGAAGGAGGAUCUGCGAGUGUUGUGGAGAGAACAGACAGACGCCAUAGAGAGGUUGUCCCGAGACCUGAGGGAGAAGCAGGAGAGCUGGUUGUCAUCUCAACAGCGAUGCCAGUCCAUGCAGGAGCAGCUGUUGGUGUGGCAGCAGAAAGAGGAGGCAGCGACCCGGAGACUGGAAUGGGCUGAAGGCGAGAUCAAGGACCUGAGAGAAGCCCGAUGCACUUUGCAGCAGCAGAGAGAGGAGCUGCAGAAAACACACAUGGGAGAAUUGGAGAGACUGGAGGAGAGCUUUAGAAGCAGGCUGAAAGCUACAGAAGAGCACAGUUUAAAGAUGGAGGCUUUUCUCCAGCAGAAACAGGCUGAGCAGGAUAAACAGCUGAAACAGCGAGAGACAGAGUUAAGAAGAGAAGCUCAUAUUGAGCUAGACAUUCAAAGACAGAAAAACCUGGAGCUGCUUAACAAAUACCAGAAUGAAAUCCAGCAACAACAAAACAAGAUUCCCGCUGUCAUUCAUUCAGCCACACAGGUGCUCCAAGAGAAAUUGUCGGUGCUGCAGGAGCGUGUUAAAGAGCAAGAGAAGGAGAUGCAACAUAUUCAUGAGAGCUCCUCUCAGAGGCAGCAGCAGUUACUGCAGGAACGCAGGACAGCAGAGGCACAGCUGCAGUACACCUUGCAGGAGCUGCGGCAGAAAACACUAGAGCUGAACAAGGCUCACAGUAACAUACAGCAACUCCAAGAAGAGAGGGUCAUCCUAGAGAAAGAGAAUUCCAUUCUUGAAGAAACAGUAAGGCGUGAGUGUGAAGAGAGGGAAGAACUAACAGCGGCUCUGACCUUGGCCAAGGAACAACUUCAGGGAUUCAAGCACUGCGUAACAAAACCUCAUGAUUCCCAGACACGCACACAACUCUCCAGAUCCUCAGUGGCACACCCGGAUCUCCCUGUCCCAAGACUCAAUCCCAGCCGACCCCAUCCUCAGUCAGGAAACCACAGCUCAUUUUCCACACAGAGAAACAGACAUAGUUUGUCUGGGUUGAGUUCUGAUGAUGUGAGUAAAAGUGCUGCAUCUUGGCAUGGAUCAUCACAACCUGCACCCACCCUCCCCAAAAUCAGCAAAAAGAAAGUCACUUCUAUGAACGACUUGUGCAAAAGCUUUGCCAUGUUGAGAGGCAGACAAGACAAACUCUGAUUCUCUCUAGAAAGACCCUUAAGCCUUGUUCAUCAAUUAAAAAUGUUCAUCAUUGAUCCAAAAUUUACCGAAAUGACCACAUCCAACGUUCAUAAAAUUUUAUAUAAUAAUAUUUUUACCAACUUUCAUUGACUUUUACAUCAGCAUCAGUGAAUUUUCAGAAGUGUAGCCCUGUAAAUGCUGGCAAAAAAUAAAUAUUUACCAAAGUAAAUGGUAAGCAGA